ACUCCCAGUGCAUUGAUCGCGCUAUAAAUGCCAGAUAAUGUACUCAGCUACCAGUCUGAAGUGCCAUCUUACACAGGUUAAGCAGUUUCAAAGAAGACGCUACACAAAGUUACAUUGGAUACAACUGCGGCAUUGACUGUGCAUCCGAAGGAAACUUGAAUACUGGACUAUUCAUGCCUUGUUUAUUAUUUCGAUCUUGGAGAAGAAAGUCAGGAGACCGGGAUUCUGUAUCAAGUAAAGAGACCCAUUGGUGCUGAAAAAUGAACUCCCUGCUUUUGCUAGCUCUGACUUCACUGUGUCUGGCAGAUCCCUAUGAGAGAAGCUACAGUGAUGUGGAACACCAUAGAACCAUCUACAUCUCAGAAAAUGGACCUCGUCUAUCAGUGGAGAUGGAGCAGACCAAAGUAAUCUCCCACCGCGGUGGCAAUGCUACACUGCCUUGCAAAUUCCACCGCGAAUUCAGCUCCGGCACUGAUAACAGCCCCAAGACGAGGAUCAAAUGGACCAAGCUCACCACAGAUUACCUCAAGGAGAUUGAUGUCUUUGUUGCCAUGGGCAACCAUAAGAAGAGCUACGGCAGUUACCAUGGCAGGGUAUUUCUGCAGGAAGCCAGCGACAGGGACGCCUCCCUCGUCAUCACUGACGUCACCUUGGACGACUACGGGAAAUACAAAUGUGAGAUCAUUGAAGGACUGGAGGAUGACACUGGAGUUGUCACUCUUGAUUUACAAGGCGUUGUGUUCCCCUACUUUCCUCGAAUGGGGCGCUACAACCUGAACUUCCAAGAGGCUCAGCAGACCUGCCAGAACGAGGAUGCAGUGAUUGCUUCCUUCGACCAGCUGUAUGAUGCGUGGAGAGGAGGUCUAGACUGGUGUAACGCGGGCUGGCUGAGUGACGGGUCGGUGCAAUAUCCCAUUACCAAACCCAGAGAACCCUGUGGAGGCAAGGAUACUGUCCCUGGUGUGAGAAACUAUGGCCUUCGUGAUAAAGAGAAGGGAAGAUAUGAUGUCUUCUGCUUCACUUCCAACUACAAAGGACGUUUUUACUACCUGAUACACCCAACCAAGCUGACCUACGACGAGGCAGUCCAGGCAUGCCUGAAGGACGGAUCUCAGGUCGCUAAAGUGGGCCAGAUGUUCGCUGCUUGGAAGCUAAUGGGAUACGACCGCUGUGACGGAGGCUGGCUGGCUGACGGCAGUGUCCGCUACCCGAUCUCCAGGCCCAGGCGACGCUGCAGUCCGGACGAGGCGGCGGUUCGCUUCGUGGGGUUCCCAGACAAGAAACACAAGCUGUAUGGCGUCUACUGCUUCAGAACCUACAACUGAGAGCACAGCCAUCCAUUCAUUUACAAUCACGUGAGGGAAUUAAUCGCAAUAGUAUGAACUCAUAAAGUUACCAAAACUGUGAUAACCGUUUUUUUUUUACAAAAGCAUUUUCAUAUAUUAACAAACACUUUUUUUUUUUUUUGUUAUCAGAAUCCAAGCAUUACAUGUUUUUUUUUUUUUUUUUUUUUUUUUAUCAUUCUUAGAUAUAAUUGUAUCUGUAGCUCUAUAGCCUGUACAACAAAUUGCAUUAUAGCAGAACUGAAUAAAAAAAGAAAAAGACAAAAUGAUUGAGCUACAUCAUCCCAAAAGAAAUAUACUUCCAUGAAUGGCUGGAGCAUGCUAAAGCCUGAAAAAUUGUUAGGACUGAUAUAAACAAUAGUAAAGCUUCUUGAAGGGGAACUGUUUUUUUUUUCUUUUUCUGGGCACUUUUU